GAAGAGCCAGCGCAGACCACCACAGCUUUCUCCACCAAUAGAAAACACCCCACUAGAUUCAGUGAAGAAGUACCUGCUGCAGUUCCUGAAGAAUUCGACGACGAUGCGGUGGUGACGGAACGAGUCAAGAAUGUACCAGAAGAAGUAGCUACUGUAGUAACAGGAGUAGUUGUUGUAGAUGAAAGGACGCCGACGGGAAACGAGCCACAAGAAGAACUGGGUGACGAAGUUCCUGAUCACGGUCCUGUGGAACUAAAGCAACCUCAAGGCACGAGUCCGACUUCUCAAGGCAGCAGUCCUACAAUGGUUGCGCGAUAUGGAACAGCAACAUUUUCGAAUAGGACGCCAUCUAAGAAAAAGAAUCGCGACAACAUAGGAGAAAAACUUUCUUGUUCACCUGGUGAUAGACAACAAGGCGGUCAGGGAGAGGAGCUCGAGCCAUCUUCAAGGGAGAAGCAGAACGAACGUUGCGACCAAAGGGAGAAGUACAGAGCAGAAGACGAUGACUGCAAGUCUGCAGGUCCAGCAGCAGCGGGUAGCAUUUCGACUCCAGUGGCCGCGGUGGAGCAAGCUGAGGAGAGCAAGCCUGUCGCUCUUUAAGAUAUUGCUACUUAUUUGAUGGCUAGUAGUUCUAGUUCCUCAACAAUCUUCAGGCUAGAGGAGAUGGAUUAGAUUCUUCUUCGAUCAUCAUAGUCACAAGCUGAUCGUGAUGAUAUUGAUAGCAAUAGCUAGAGAUAAAGAAUGCUCCUAACUGCUCACUUAUCUGUCGUUAGGAAGCAAAGGCAAAGGCUAUCCAAUAAAACAAAAAAUCCACUGACCACUGCUCUAAUUGUCACACGUCAACAGCAUGAAUAUCAGUUCGCCGCCAAAGAAGAAGCGCAGGAGGCGCAAGUCAUCUCUUGUGCCUCUGCCAGAACACGGAGAGUUUUUACGAGAACGCGAAGAUUUUGUUCCAUAUGAUGAAGAACAGAAAGAUUCCAAAAAUCACAUUAUAUCAUCUGAGAAUAAAGCGGACCACACAUCUGAGCCUCAUGAUACUAGGACGAAGAACAACACGAAGAUGAACGACAUAGACGAAGAUAAUUCUACUAGGAAUUUUCCACCACAACAAGAAGCAGAAGAAGAAGCACAAGGACCUUAUUUACGAGACGGCACUGAGAAGAGGACGUCAAACGAACUAGACGACUACAAGGACGUGAAUUUGGUGACUAGUUUUUCCGAGGUUUCCUCUGUAGGCUCAUCAGACGGCGAAGAAGACAGUUUCGGCAGCAACGUCGAGCAUCACAUCAUAGCAACUCCAUACUUUACGUCAAAUGCACAGUCGCUUACUGUGGCAGAACUACAGGGUGUCAGUGCGAAUGAGCAGACUUCUUCCGAACAGCAGAAAGACGGACAGGAGUUUGGUACCAGGACAUCAUCGGAAAGUAGGGUUUUUGGACAAGAUCCACAGAUGAAGGAAGCAGUUUCAUCUUCAAGUGGGAAUAGCACUGUGGGUACUACUACUAGAGGAGCUCCUGGAGACGCACAGCAUGACGAUCAAGGUGGUAGAGCAUCGGGUAGUAGGUUCGCAGUACACAGUACGAGUACAACCGAGAAGAUGAACGCCACACAAGUAGCACGAGGUGGAAAAAAACUUGAUCUUGGUGAUGGAGGAGAGGAAGACCUCCUUUCGGAAAAGGGGACCGGAAAGGAGGGCGAUCCUCAUGAGCCAGCAGCCGAGCGGUUCAAUUCAGUUGUUGAAGUAGUACAAUCUUCCGUAGUUGAAGAAAAGUCUUCAUUCUCUGACAUCACGCAUAAAAAUCUUGCUCAUGAUGCCAGCAGCCCCAGUACUGUGACUGUCGAGGAACAGCAGAAAAACGAAGAGCCCCCUGCUGUCGACUUAGCGAGCUCGGUACAGGAUGGCGUGUCCAGACUCUUGGUCUUAGCUGAGCUUGAGGAAACAAGAAGAAAAACGCAGAAGUUACAAAGCCAGUGCGAAUUACUGCACAUGGAGAAUGCACGGCUCCUAAGACAACAAGGAGGUGCACUUAUGUUGGGAACAUGAAUGUUGUAGUAACUUGUCGUGCUUAGUCUUUUUAGUGUAGUUCUUCUUGCAGAAAUAUAUAGAUGAAUGUGUCAACAUCUCACUACACUGAGGUCAAGCCACGUCUAACAACACGCCAUCAGUAUCACCUCUGGCGAUUUCUAGUGCGCAGUUGCAGCAGCUAAAGAGAACUUCGCCGACCUUUUCAAGCGCCAGAACGCCAGCAGAGCAGGGUCCUGUAGCUCCUCUAGGGAGUCUUCUACAUAGCAGAAACUUGAUGGCUAGUGCACCCUCAUCAAAAGGCACUGUUGUCUCGCAUACGCCGUCAUUUCGGGAUAUGCCUAAGGCGGAUCCAAGACUUGGCCUAGAGGCUUCGCCAUUGGCCAUGACUUCACAUUUUCCAAUGGCUUCAGCUACGAGACCUCAGAUCAUUAAGGCCUGAACUGGUUCUCCCCAUACUAGCGAUGAAGCGAAUCAGGAUCAAAAUUUGUUCUAUGGAAGUGGUCGUCACAGUGAGUUCAGUGUCCGUUUUCUGCCCUUUCCUUCUAACCAGCGCACUCACAGUACUCGUCACCGUGAGAAAUACGAAAGGAUGCGUGCUGAAGGGUAUUUUUUGAAGCUUAUCCUGGUCAAGGCUGGUGAUGUGGUAGUGGAUGCGGCGACUGAGGUCCUUCUGGCAGAAGACGAUGGCGAUUGCACUGGGGGUGCGGAUGCAAGACAGCUUCUGGUAGGAAGAACAAGAAGAGAAGAUGAAGAUAUAUGUGCUAGAGGCGGUUGUAGUACUCAAGAGCGUAAGAAAUCCCCGUUGGAACUUCAAGGUGGUGAAGAAGUGUGGAAUAAAAUAGAUGCCGUAGGAGGAAGUGACAAGAUAACGACUGUCAAGGUGAUGAACAAGACUCCCUCUUCUAGUACGUGUUCGAUCUCAUCAAAUAGUAGAAGCAACAAACGAGAACCACACUAUUCAUACACUGGUGCGCCCACAGGACGAGAGACAGCAGGAGCUGGGGCUACACCCUCAUCUUCUACAACAACAACUCGAACUAGAACUAGAAGGCAAUCAUCUACAUCUUUCGAAAGGGCUGCCCUUUUGGCAGAUGAUUUCGUUGCCUUUUUGCGACAUUUGCGUCGUCGAACUAAGCCGUCAGCCAAGUGCAAGCAACUGGAGACUGGGGUGAUCAAUUUUCUGGAAUUAGAUCAGAAGGACAGCACGAAAAGGAACGCCGCAGCUCUGUCGAUUCGGGUCUGGUUACGCGCCACCUUUGCGUCGCUUACUUGUACUAGAGAAGCGCUUGAAUUUGUCCGCGAACGAGGCAUCCUCCAUCUUCUGGCUGAAGCGGCGCGGUUGUCAAUGAGGCAAACUUUGAGCUUGUAUUUCUCGCUGUGGCGAAAUCUAGUUCUCACACCUGCGAGGGUAGCUUGGCGUCUAUCUUGGAGCUUUGUGCCUUUGAGACUACUCGGAGGUUGGGCACCAUCUACUCCUACUUCUUCUCACCUGAACUAUGAUAAGAAGAGCAUGGUAAUGGGGAGUGUAGUGGUUGACGAACAGCAUCAAGGAAUCGCGGAACCAGUAGACCCAGUACAACUACAGGGAGGUGGGGAAGCAGAGCUUCUUCAUGAAGAAGAACAUGAGGUGCAAGAAGAAGAACAUGAGGUGCAAGAAUUACAGGUAGUGCAGGUUGUAGGAGACCAUCGUGAGCAGGAUGGGGAUGCCCACUUUCUUCAUCAGCAUGCUACUUCUAUUGAGGAGGUAGAAAAACUUGGUGAACAAGGACAGCAAUCAGUGCGAAUACAACGAGGAGACGUGAACGAGGUAAGAAGUGUUGUUCAGGUUGUUCUUGAUCAAGUAGAGCCUCUAGUGUCCGACGGAAAAGCAGCAGGACGUGGAGGUGGGUUAUCUUCAUCUGUGAAACAAGCUGACGUGAGCGAUGACAAAGUGCAGCUUCUGUUUCCUUCCUCAGACGAUGGCGUUGACUCCUGUAGUGCAGAACUUGUGCCCCCAUGCACAGACACGAGAGGAAGCCAAUAUGGCUCUGUCGUCCACGAACAUCGACUGGGGGUAGACGCUUUUCUGCUUCCUAGUUCGUCGAACUCGGAGUUAUGUUUGACAUCAGUAACUAAUUUUUCCCACUUGACGGCGAGACGAUUCAACCACUUCAUGCCGGACUUUCUCAUGAUCAACAAUCACUUACAUCUGGGUUACAACAUCAUAACUAUUCUCUUAGUCUAAAAUGAUAGUCUCUAAUUUAGAGAUGAUGUCUCUAAUAGAGAUGAUGUCUCUAAGUCUAAUAGAGAUGAUGUUCUUCAGGUAGAAUUACUAGAUUAGUUACCGAUUCAUCUCACCACUUCUAACAAAAGCUGAAGGAGCUUUCGAGGCGCCACAUCCUCAAGCCGUGUCGUCAAAUACUACAACCGCUAGACCAGGACCAGGGCCACUCUCGCUGAAAAGCGAAACUAAGAAAGUCGGCAUCUUGGAUCUCCCGAGACUGGGAUUCGACGCUGCUAUGUUCGUGCCCAGGCUGUACGUACGCGGUGUGGGUUACGUUGGAGAUACGACAGCACGUGCAGUGAAGUCGCUAGUGGUAAAGAACAACGCUUCCUCGAGUAGUUGAAGACGAUGAAGAUGACGACUGAACACAGCUAGGUUUUACAUCAAUGAACUCAGAAACCACAUAUCAUGCUUCUGUUUUGUUUAAGUAGUCCUACAUGCUCUCUCGAGUGUGCUUUUUGCAACACUAGACAGCAAUUUUCCGACCAUGUCAAAAAACAAUGACAUCUAUCUUCCUUCUAUUUAGACAUCGCCUCGCUGUAUCAGUGCUAGAGAAAUCUUUUUCACAUCAUCAAACACAAACGCAAACUACACAGAGAAGAGAAACAACAACAUUGUUUAUAAGCCAAAUAAACACAUCACAAGUUGUAGGUAACUCUCAAAAAAUAGAAAUACAAAUUCCAUAUUCCUUAUCGCGUAUACCUUGUUUUUUAAUCUAUUGAUAUUGUCUUGCGGUCACGACGUUCAGCAGCUUGAGUUCAACUAGCACCUCAGCCUGGUUCAUCUCCUUAUUCUUCUCUAAAUACAGGGGUAAUAAUGCCAUCACUCUUUCAUUAAUAAUCUAUUAAUGUUGUCUUUUAGUUUUGUUAGGUGCAGGUGCCGGUGGGGCUCGUUGUGCAGGAUCCAUAACCUAACCUAACCUGUUAGUUAGAAAAUCGGUAGGGGUAGGUGCUCUAGCAUUGCGAUUGUUUCAAAAAUGUAUCCAUAAGUAUUGAAUCAAUUUAUAUGUACCACUAUUUGACACGUCGACACGACCACAAGAUGAACGAAGGCCUAUCAUUUCAUGAAUAAUCAGUAGCCACUAGCAGUUCCGAAACAAGGUACUACUUGUUGAGGCAACCAGCCACGUCUUCCACUCCAC